GAUUUCGUGAGCGCGCCGGCACCGGAAACGUGUUCUCGACAGUCGAAAUGAUGAUGGCUGCCGAAGUGAGGUGGCUUUUAAUUUUUCUUAUAUCGUGCGUCACCCCGUUGUGCCACGGCGAAACGCUGCAUCGGAAAUUCGAGUACAAGUACUCGUUCAAGCCACCGUACCUCGCCCAAAAGGAUGGCAGCGUACCGUUCUGGGAAUACGGCGGAAAUGCCAUUGCUAGUGCAGAAAAUGUGAGAGUAGCACCAUCACUUAGAAGUCAAAAAGGUGCAAUAUGGGUAAAGCAACCAAUCAAUUUCGACUGGUGGGAGAUAGAAAUAGUAUUUCGUAUAAGCGGACGAGGAAGGAUAGGAGCAGAUGGUUUGGCAUUCUGGUACACGACUACCAAAGGCACCUACAAUGGCACCGUUUUUGGUAGUUCGGAUCUUUGGACAGGCCUAGGAAUUUUCUUUGAUUCAUUUGAUAACGAUAAUAAGCACAACAAUCCAUAUAUCAUGGCGAUUGUGAACGACGGCACGAAAAUUUUUGAUCAUGCAAAUGAUGGCUCUACGCAGCAAUUAGCUGGUUGCUUGCGAGAUUUCCGCAAUAAACCAUUUGCCACGAGAGCGCGAAUAGAAUAUUAUCAGAACACGUUAACACUUCUAUUCCAUAAUGGCAUGACGAAUAACGAGCAAGAUUAUGAUAUAUGUUUCCGAAUUGACAAUGUUGUGCUACCAAAAAAUGGAUUCUUUGGAAUUUCAGCCGCUACUGGUGGCCUAGCCGAUGAUCAUGACAUCUUACAUUUCCUUACCACUUCUUUAUAUUCUCCUGGACAGCUACCAGUUGAUGGGCAUAAAGUUUCUUUAGAGGAACAAGCUAAAAUUCAACAGGAAUACUUAGACUAUCAAAAAAAAUUGGAUGAACAGAAAGAGGAAUAUCGCAAAGAACAUCCAGAUCAGUUUCGCAAGUCUGAAUUUGAGGAAUACUUUGAAACUGAAAACCAAAGAGAGUUACGGCAAAUAUUCAAUGGACAAAGUCAGAUGUUCGAUGUCUUGCGUGAACUUAACAGAAAAUUAGACGAGAUUGUCGGAAGGCAAGAGAGAACGUUGGGUUUGAUAUCUCAAGUGCAACCAGGUCAAGCGGGUGUACAAGUUACGGGUCAGCCAGGACAGCAACCCGUGCUGAUUGACACCAUACGUCGGCAGGAGGUCGACGCUGUGUUGAAUAAUCAAAAUAUUAUAUUAAACACAGCCAGGGAAAUUAAGUCUUUCGUAGGAGAGGUUCAUUCCAAAGCUGAGUCUAUUCUCAAUAAUCAAGCACGCGCCCCGACAGCACAGGUGCAACCGAUGGGAUACGAUUAUCAAUCGUUUAUAUCAGAGAUGCGAGACGGACUUAACACAUUGAAAAAAGACAUUAAAAACACCGACAGCGGAGAUUGUCCCAGUUGUCUCACAACAACGAUGUUUUUGCUGUUUAUCGGCUUACAGAUGAUAUUAUUAUUUGCAUAUAGUUUUUAUCGGGACAAUAAGGAAGCACAAAUGAAGAAACUCUACUAAUGUACGCAUUGUCCGCGUGAUAAACAAUACGUUCUUGUUUGUGGAUUAUGACUCGAUAUUUUUAUUACUCGUUGUUCGUAUUCGCGAAAUAUGCGUGUCUCUCAUCAUUUGUAUAAUAAAUGCAUCUUUCAUCUGCCAGAUCUGAACAAUCGUCAGAUAUUGCCUCGCAAGGACAACAACGCAUCUCACAGUGAUGUGACUCGCCGUUUUUAGUAUUUUCUUUUAAACGAGAGGCCACCUUUAUUAAUGAAAUGUAUCACAAGCAUUGUAUUCUGGCAGAACGCGUACAUGGGAUUUGGAUGAAUGUUUAAGGGUUGCUUAUAAGGUUUAGUCGGUCUUAUAAUUUCGGGAUUUCUUAAAAAUAUCUCACAAUUUUCUUUACAUGUUCUUAUGUAUUGGAUGUAUAUUUUUUCACUAUCGAUCAUCGCGAGCUUUAUUGUUGAGCACACAUAGUAUUUUUGAGAACUCCAUUUUGUAAUAAAUGUCUCCAUUGUUGAUUUCGUUGCAAUGUGAUUUUCUACGUUAAUCUUUAUACUAUAUUUUGUACCAUGCAUUUAGUACUCGAAUAUAUGAUAACUUUAUUCAUAAGAAUUGAUACUUUCGUCGUUUAUGAUCAUCAGCAGGUGCGACUGCACCAUUCUCAAAGCAAAGAGUACGGCGGACAAUCCUUACGGUUUAUAAUAAUGGUUUUAGAUAUGAUAAUUCAGCUAUUUCAUCAGAUACUACUGUAGCGGAGAUUAUUUUGCAUUUGAACGUGCAUACUUGCGUGUAUUACAAUUUACUUUGUCGUGUGAACUCGGUCGUGUGCAAUGACUGCAUUUCUGAAACUACAGUAAGAACUCUAAAAUAUGUAUACGUGUGUAAGAUGCAUGAGUACUAGUGAUAGUAUAUGAGAGCGGAAUGAGAAGAUCUCUGAGUUCGUUACUUCCCACAUCAUUGUAUUUGUAAAAGUUUAUUGAAUAUUGUAAAUGUACAAGGAGAUAUAUCUGAUAAUAAAAAUAUAAAGGC